UUAAGCAGGCAGAUGAGCGUUCGCACAGCUGCACUGUACCUGCAGUUGUUGCCAUAGGUGGGAUAGGCAUGAACUACACCAAACUUCUAUUGGCUCUUCUUCGAAAAUAAAUUUGCAUUACGAGUCAAUGAUUUUGAACGCUUAUCUGACACACACCAGUGACACAAAAGGAAACUGUGAUGAUUUGAUCGCUGCCCAUUUGGUUUCAUGAGGAUGGGAAUUACGCACUAUUGGCCACUUUGGAUGGACUGAUCCCACUAACUGUCACUGAAGUUGUCGAGAAGUUGUAUUCACGCUCACACACCUGAAACUUCUUCAGAUCCUGGGCACCUCGGCCCCCCAGUUAAUGCCGAGGAUCAUGACCAUGAACGGUGACCACCAGUCGGUUGCCGCAGCGCCGCUGGAUCUGCGCACCAGUAACCGAGAACGUGGGAGCGCCGGGUCGAGGAGUCCGGACUGCAAAGGUCGCGUCAGGGACGCUGGAGUGACAGGCGGCUCACCUGCGCACCCUGCAUGCACAGGGACGGACAGUUUGGAAAUACACUGCCCCGGCUCAGAGACCGGUACUUCUCGCAAACGUCCAGCCGACAAAUCUUCCUUCAGGCUUCCUUUUAGGAAACGCCCGAUACAUGUCGAGCCGGAGACGCAAAGGCAGUCUCCGAAUCCUCCACACAGCGGAGAUCGCUUUUCCCCAGCGGUAGAUACGGACUCCACAUUUCGGGAAGGUUUUGCCGGUCGACCCUCGACUGACAGCAGGACCGGCACAACACCGGUGACUCCCAGGCGGGAUGAACAGUCAGUACAGCGUCCAGAUGGAUAUCCCAUCUUUUUGCACCAUUUUGGUCCCUACCCAGUGUACUGUUUGCCCCCUGUCCCAGAGCAGAACCACGCUCUGGUCCACUCAACUGAAAACCUGCUGGCUGGUAUCUCUCUGGCCACACGUCAAGAUGAAGAUGGAGACACAGCUCUCCAUAUUGCUGUGGUGCAGGGGGAGCUGGCGAUGGUCUACAAACUGAUAGAACUCCUACAGUUGGCACACAGAAGCCUUGAUAUCUACAACAACCUCCGUCAGACUCCCCUUCAUCUGGCGGUGAUAACCCAGCAGGCAAACAUGGUGGAGAUUUUGUUGAGAGAGGGGGCCGACCCUGCUGCCUUAGACCGUAACGGCCAAACAGCGGUCCACCUCUGCUGUGAAUACGACCAGCGUAACUGUCUGUCUGUUCUGCUCUCUUGCGCCUCAUCUUCUACAUGCCUGGAGAUCAGAAACUAUGAGGGUUUGAGUCCUCUCCAUCUGGCCGUGCUGCGCGGCCACGAACAUUUGGCCAGAAUGCUGCUAGAUGCUGGAGCUGACAUCAAUGCUAUGGACAUCAAAAGUGGCCAGAGUCCGCUCAUGCACGCGGUGGAGAGUAAUAAUGCAGACAUGGUCCACUUCCUCAUUGAGAGGAGCUGUGAUGUUAACAGUCAGUCAUACAGUGGGAACACUGCCCUGCACAGCGCUUGCGGCCGCGGUCAGGCGGACACUGUGCGACUGCUCCUAAAGAGCGGAGCUGACAGCAGCCUCAAGAACUAUCAUAAUGAUACUCCUGUUAUGGUGGCCAAGAACAAGAAAAUAGCAGACGUGUUACGAGGGAGAGGCUCCAACCACGUAAGAGUUCAAGAGCAACACUGUGUGUCUGUCUCGCCACAUGGGAGCAGCUUAACGGAAAAUGGGUCCCCAUCUCCCAACCACAGUCGUGGAUGUUCACCUUCAACUACACCACACAGCCUUCAUCACAGCAACUCCCACUCCCCAAAGACUCCAUCUACACUUGUAUAUCCAUUUUACUAGCUUAAAGGGUUAAACUUGCAACUACCUCCACGCAGACAUCAGGGAGACAGUUCAGCUAAUGGGAUGACAGACCAGCUAAAGACUGCACCUGAAGUUAUACAUCCCUACAAGCUGGCUUUCUUUUCCUGGACUCCAUGACAAAAGACAGUCACAGUUGGUGUCUGUCUUUGGGUUUUGAUACCCGGGCCAGUGCCUGCAACCUUUCUAGUCAUGCAGCUGCUGUUGUGGGUACCUCCCGACCACAAUGACUGGGAGCAAACUGAUGUUUUACAAGCUGCUGCAGUGUAUUUCUCUACAUGGACCUGAAAUGUGCCACUGCAUAAAUCAAGGCUGUAUAUGUGAAACAGCUUGGAAAUGUCAAUAAAUGAUGGACCUGAAUGUGAAUUUCUAGGCCCCUUUGGCCUGUUACAGCCUUUACUUUUUGACAGUAGAGGGAGGAAAUGAAGGGAGAGAGGGAUUAUGUGUAAGAAAUGUUCCACCCAGACAUGAACAGGGAAUGUUUUGCCACCCCAAGUCUUUUAAAUUGUAUGCAGUCUGCUUACUGUAAGGCUUGAACUUGUAACUUGACCUGCUUAAUAUUGCACAAUCAAAAUUCUUCUUUCUGCCAUUUUAAUAAUCUGUCCACAUAAUCUAUGUUUGUGUGCACGUGUGUUGUUUUAUUAAAAGUUGUAGAUAUUUUUUAUAUAAAAUGUGUCCAACAGUCU